CUUCCUUGUGUUUAGGCACCAUUCCAUGAAUGUGGCAUUGGUGCGCGCCGUGUGCCGCCCAGUCCGCGUGAAUCCCACGGAGAGCUUGGGAGUCUGCGGAGGGCAAUGGCAAGAGAUCGAUGGCGCGGAGAAGGCUACGUGUCUCGCGUUCAAUCCGUGGGGCACGCUUCUUAGUGUCGGCGAAAAGGAAGGGCUCGUGAUCCUGUGGGACUUUUCAUCGAUUCCCAACAUCAUCCGCGAGCUCGGUCCCAAGAAGGUGUCGUCGUCGAUCCCAGAUAUCAAGCAGGCGACGUCCUGCGCGUGGUCUCCAGAUGGACGAAUCCUUGCUGUCGCGUGUGAGUUGAAAGCCGCGUCAGGGUCGGCGAGGAAGGGAACGCUCCUGCUGUGGGAGGUGGAGACGUCGACGCUACUUGCGGCCGUGGCAUGCGAAUCCAUGGCGACUCAUAUCGCGUUUGCGCCUCUCUCAAUGUUCACAAGCUUCACCCCCAUCGACAUUUCCACUGCUGCGAGAUCCGUUUUGUUGUCGUGUGCGAGCGGCGACCUCCAGACCAUCUCAUGGACUACCUCCGCCAUCGACGCGAGCGCCAACGGCGCAACAACUCUACACUAUAUCGACCCCAGCAACGCAAUGCGCCUGCAUUUUCACACAGUCACCAUCGACACAGUCCCCAUCUUCGCGUCGGUGGGCCAAGGCGACGGCGGUGCGCCUUCCGCUUCGUCGGCUCCGUCGGUUCCAUCGACACGGAGCACUGCCCCCGUCGUGAUGGCCAAAUUUGGAUCGGACGUCAUCUUUGUGGUUUCCAUGAAAGGAAGCAUUGCGAUGUUGAACCCACACACGUUCGAGGUCUUGGGGGGGUUGUCGCUGCCGUCCGUCGUCAUUUCGAGCGUCGAUUUGUACGUGGACGCGACGAGUCUCUUAGUGCCGUCGACGAAGGGAGUACAUGAGGUGCUAUUGCUUCGUCACGCGCCGUGGAUGGAGGAAGGCCGGGUGUACACAGCCGGCGCGGCAGUCCGCGCGCCAUGGAUCAUGGCUAGCAAGAGUCCCGACCGCCAGUUUGUGCUCGGGAUUCCCCAGCCCCGUGGUCUUUUUGUCGGGGAGAAAGGCAUGUUCAUGUGGCGAUGCCGGUCCAAAGACCCAACUGACGACGACGACCGCAAUGAAGGCAACAUGUACCACGACCAUCGCUUCGCCGGCGAGUUGGUCGCCGUGGCUUGGCACCCAACGAGAGAAAACCUGAUUGUCGUGUCGUCUGCCGGAUCGGUGCAUGUGCUGGAAGUCCCGUACGAGUCGUCGUGGCCGGGAGCGAUGUACCCGCCGGGGUUUACUCUUAUCACGGACAACGUUGUGUACGACGAGCCCGAGGACGAGUUUGACAUGGUCGAGCCACGGCCGCCACCCUGUCCAGACGAUCCGGCCGCGGCAGUCGAUGUGAUCUCGAUCGACGACGAAGACGGAGCGUGGUUGAAGUACCUUCCCGCGUCCCCCGUGACGACAUGGAACCACGAAGCGCCGUCGUUUGACGAGGAUGACGUGUCCAGCAUCUUUGAUUGCAUGAAGGCACGACCACCACCGCCGAUGGCGACGGCGCCGUCGACCAAGUCCAAGAAACGCAAGACUGGAGGACGGUGAUGACGAAUUCGAACGCUGCGGCCUCGAUGUAUUCCUAACGAGCGAGAAAACUAGUACCAAGCUCGACCAUCCCAUGCUUCCCCAGGAUGUUUCAGGGAUCCCGCGUGGAAGCUCAUCCGGCGGGCAGCUUGGGCCUCGAUCGCGUGAUCAUGGUGGG